AUGCGUCUCUCAUCAAUUUUCACCGUCGCCGUCACCAUCACUGCAGGUUUGGUCUGCGCAGACGGACAUCCAUCUUUCUCUAUAGAUCCAGCAUCCGAUAUCAGGAAUGUCCUGGCUCAUUAUUGCAUAAUACUUGAUACCAAGACGUAUUCCAAUCUUGCUUCGGUCUAUACAUCCGAUGCAGUCGCAAACUUCACGACUAUUGGCCUCGGCGUUCUGAUUGGCCUACCUGCUAUCGAAGCUGCGAUGAACGCUUCUCUCUAUGGUAUUCCGACCCAGCAUGGGAUGACGACCAGCUACCUUGCAGAUAUACAAAAGAAGUCCGCAAAGGCAAUAACAUAUUACACAUUCGAGCAAUUUGGGACUGGCACCAAGGCCGGUACCCUGUUCACCGUAUGGGGAAAAUGGGUGGACGAGCUUGUGAAUGGAAACGACGGCUGGAAGGUCAAAAACCGCCAGGUUGUGGCCAUGGGGGGUCCACUGAUUGGAAGCUUUGUUGUACCAACACACUAG